AUGGCCGGCCUUUGCAGCGAGUCGGGCUCGAAGGGCCCCAAGCUCAAGUACCACAACAGCUUCAUCAACGUGGAGGAGGACUUGGAGGAUGAGCAGUGCGGGCAGCGUGCCUCCAGUUGUCCCCCACCAGGCCGUUGUGGUGCCAUGGUCUUGGCUGAGCAGGAGGAGGCAAACUGCCGCAACUAUGUGGAUGGGCUGUCCAAGAAGCUGGGCUUUGAGAGCAAUGUGAACGACCCCAACGCUCCCAGCAUCAAGAAGAAUGGCUGUGAGGAAAGCCCAGGCGCAGCAAGCACCACGGCGAGCCUUGAUGACGUCAUGCCGGAGGCUGCCAGCCUGCCCAGUACCACGAGCAACAUCUUUGUCGCUACGCCACAGGCAUUCGGCACUGAUGUCGACUUCCAGAAGCCGUCAGCUCAAGAUCUUCAAGAAAAUGGACUGCCGAGCCGCGGGAGUCUUGGGCAUCCGGAGCUGUGCAAGCGUCCUUGCAUCUAUUUCUCGGCAGGGCGUUGUGUGCAUGACACCAAGUGCAGCUACUGCCACAUGCCUCACCAUGAGAAACCGCCCAAGCUCGACAAGAGGCAGCGUGGCGCUCUGCAAGCGCUGAGCCAUCCCGAGCUGCUGGGCCUCGUCUCGCAGUUCUGCCGCCCCAAAGCCCGAGCCCUGGGCCCGGCCGCGUGCCAGAUCCUGGGGCUCUUGGAGGAGGCCAAGGGCACCCGGCUGCCGGAGUGGGUUGGCGAGCGGGAAGCGCGCAACUUGUCGAAGAUUUUGCAGCGGAUGAACUUCUCCACCCUCGUGGGCCUGGUCAUCCACCAUGCCUCCCCGGAGAAGUCUGAACUCCUUUCUUCAGCCCUCGAGCGACUCCGCAAUGUCCGGACUUCCUUGGAAAGCCAAGCGAAGAGCUGA